UUUGUUUUUGUGUUCAGUGUUGAUCCACCUCAACAGAAGGGACAUUAAACAACACAGACAACGAGCCACUUGUUUCCAGUUACCGAUUCAAUGACUUCUCCGUUGGUGGCGGAGGGCGUCGCCGUGGCGGCGUUGCGGUCGGUGAUGCUCCGGGUGCAGCAGGCGGCUGAGCGGUCCAGCUCUAAACCGGACCGGGUCCGGGUCGUGGCGGUUUCCAAAACGAAACCCAUCACUCUGAUUCGACAACUCUACGACGCGGGUCACCGAUGCUUCGGCGAAAACUACGUCCAAGAAAUCGUUGAAAAAGCUCCUCAGCUUCCACAAGACAUUGAGUGGCAUUUCAUUGGGCACUUGCAGAGCAACAAAGUCAAAACACUUUUAGGUGGUGUUCCAAAUCUGGCCAUGUUUGAGAGUGUGGACAAUCAGAAGAUAGCAAAUAAUCUUGAUCGUAUGGUAUCAACCCUUGGAAGAGAUCCUCUGAAGGUUUUGGUCCAAGUAAAUACCAGUGGAGAAGAAUCCAAAUCUGGUAUUGAUCCUUCUAAUUGUGUUGAGCUUGCAAAACACGUGAAAUUGAGCUGCCCAAACCUAGAGUUCUCUGGCUUAAUGACAAUAGGAAUGGCAGACUAUACCUCAACCCCAAAGAACUUUCAGACCCUGUCAAAUUGCAGAACUGAAGUAUGCAAGGCACUUGAAAUACCCGAGGAGCAAUGUGAACUUUCAAUGGGCAUGUCUGGUGAUUUUGAAUUAGCGAUUGAAAUGGGUAGUACUAAUGUGAGAAUUGGAUCCACAAUAUUUGGACCAAGGGAGUAUCCAAAGAAACAAGAAUAGGUAGAAGCUGUAAUCUCUCUCUCCCUCUCUCUCUCUCUUCUCUCUCUCAUUCUAUAUAUACAAACUGUGUAUUACCACACAGAUGUUCUGAAAAGUGUAUUGUAUUUAUUUACCUUUGUAAUUGAUGCGAUGGAAUUGGUAAUAAGAAAAAUCCAUAGUUGGUUUACAUACCAUAAAAACAAUCUUCAUGCAAAGUCUCCCAUUUUUUUGUUUUUUUACAGAUUCCUUGUUUAUUCUAAUUAGAGAAUGUGUGUACGGGAGAGCCGUGUGUAUGCCUGUGUGAAAAUGAGAGUGACAAACACUAUUGUAAGGUUGCAGCAUACUAUAAUCAUGUUGAUGUUCCGCUAUC